UUUGUUGACUGAAAAUUUAGUGCCUGAGUUGAUGCAAUUGAACCAACAUGGGAAACGUGUUGGCAGCUUCGAAACCGAUUACAAACGGUAAUCUGCCGCCUCCAUUACCAACGGAGUCAGUCCAAAUCAGUGCGGUAUCUGACACGAAAAAGUCUCUAGAAAAUCCUGGGACACUUGAAGAAUUGCAUAAAAAGUGCAAAGAUGUGAUGCCCGCCAACUUCGAAGGAGCCAAACUGAUGAUCAACAAGGGUUUAAGUAAUCAUUUCCAGAUAUCGCACACGAUUAAUCUGACCUCGACAAACACAAGUGGAUAUCGGUUCGGAACAACUUAUGUAGGUACCAAACAAACUUCUCCCACGGAAGCGUUUCCGGUAAUACUGGGCGACAUUGACCCUGCUGGAAACUUGAACGCCAAUAUCAUACAUCAGCUGGCACCAAAUGUGCGCUGCAAGUUUGCAUCGCAAAUUCAGAAUAAUAAAGUCACUGCCGCCCAACUAACUACAGAUUACAAAGGGCAAGAUUUCACCGCAACGUUGACAGCGGGCAACCCGAAUAUAAUCAACAAUUCCGGCGUGUUGGUGGCGCACUAUUUACAGUCGGUAACCAACCGCUUAGCACUCGGAGGAGAACUUGCCUACCAAUACGGUAUGGCCGUACCUGGUGGUCAAAUUGCGGUCGUAUCUGCUGCAGCCCGCUAUGCAACCGAUCUGUCAACAUGGUCCGGUACGAUCGGCCUUGCCGGAAUACAUCUAUGCUAUUACCAAAAAGCUAGUGAUCAGCUACAAUUAGGUAUUGAAGUAGAGACCAAUUUUCGAAUGCAAGAAGCCGUAGCGACGAUCGGCUAUCAAAUCGAUCUACCAAAAUCCGAGCUUAUAUUCCGGGGAAUGGUUGAUAGCAAUUGGUCAGUGGCAGCCAUACUGGAAAAGAAAUUACAACCACUGCCAUUCACAUUUGCAUUGAGUGGCAUUUUAAAUCAUACCAAGAAUCAGUUCCGAUUAGGUUGUGGUUUAAUAAUUGGCUAGACAGCAUUUGUCAAACAAAUCGAAUAGAGACAGACCUUGGUGCAAAAAGGAAGAUUGGUGUUCAGAUGGGAAAUUUGUAUCAAUUUCUUUCGUUCAAGGAAACGGUUAGAAGUUAAUGCGAAAAGAAUGUUAGUCUAUUAGAUUAUAGAAUGAAUCAUGAAAUUAUAAUACAAUAGCUGAAGGAAUAUGACAAAAACCUAUAAAUAAAAGAAAGUUGCGCUUAAUCACUUGAUUUGUUCAAAUAUUUUUUGUUGCAGCUCGCCACACUUGUUGCAUCUAUUAUUUUUCAAGUGAUUUAGGUUAUACCUUCGCAAAUGUUCCUUCCACGAAAUAGAUAAAAUAGCCCAAGUAUGUUUUGAAUUAGCUUUAACAUGCAGUAUAAAAUGUAAAAGAUCCUAUCUAAAAAUUCACGAAUAGUAGAUAAUCACCCUCAUUCUUGUUUACGGCCGUAUGCGAUACGUUCGAAAGUAUAGCAAAUUCGUAUUCCCGUUUACGUUCGAAUCAAUCACACUUUUAAACAUCGUACAUGCAUAAAAUCAACGCCCAUCCAACUUUAAACUAUCAGUUCUGGUACAGAUUUGAGUUGUAAAUAAAAAUCUUUGACAUCAUUUGUUAUUUGACUUGUUUUUUUCACUAAUUUUGUAUCAUCAUGUUCGCUUACGUCCGUAUCGACCAUACGACGAACACAUGCUUUCGAACGAAUGCGAACAAGCCAUUCUUGUUUUCACUCGAACGUGUACGUACGCGAUUCCUGUGCAAAAGAAGGAUCGGUAGCGCAGGUAGUUUUUUGAGGAUGAUUGCAAGCAUCAAGGAAGUGACGAAUGCUACAUAAUAAAUAAAUAUCGUACUCAGGACCAAUUUUAUUCAAAUCGGUAAAUGAAAUUUUCAAAUUAAACUUCGUGCUAAGUAAAAAAAGCAUUUGAAAUAGAAGUCCGAUCAGUAGUAUCUGCGAAAAAUAUGUUGCAUUUUUCUUGCAAUUUUGUCAUGUUUUCGAUAGCCUACAUAAUUAUUUCAUUGGUAAAAUCAUGCAUUUAAUAAUGGCGUAUUGUCCAUAAAGUACUUAAUAGAUGAAAAAUUGAUGCGUAAAAACUUUGAACCUCGCAUACAUUCAAAGGCUCCCCAGAAAAAACACUAUUUUACUAUACUGCUAUGCUUUCUAAAUGAUUUAUGCAAAACACAAAUUUAUGAUUUGAUUACAAAUCACCUUUAGAUUCGAAAACAAUGUUGUUAGAGAUUGGUUAAACUUUUUUCAAUGUGUUCGAACGGUUGAUUCGCAACAUUAAACUGACGAAUCGAAACCACGGCAUUUCGUCUAUUCGUCCGUAAACGGGAAUGGGACAUUUCGUUCGUACGAAUGAUGUUCGAAUACACGUUUCGUUUGAAACUAAAAUGGCAUACAUUCUAGCGUUUCGCAUAUGGUUAAUCACAUGAAUUGGACUGAUUACAUCAAGGCUUAGCAUUUAUUUUAAGAAGUUUACUGAUAUUUGAAUAUUUUGUGGCAAACGAGUCGCGUUCGAAUUCAUUCGAGUGAAAACAAGAAUGGCUUAUUCGUAUUCGUUCGAAAGUACCCGUUCGUCGUAUUGCGGAUACGGACGUAAACAAGAAUGAGGGUGAAUAU